CUCCUCGAACGCGAAAGAGAGAGAGAGAGAGAGAGCACUUCACGCAGCUGCGCUUCUGAAUGAGUAGAGAGCGGCGACGCGGCGCAGCGAUCGCGACCACCACCACCACCACCACCACCACCAGCGGCGGCGGCGCCGGCGAGAGGGACGAUGGCUAGGGUUUCGCGCGGCGCUCUAAUGGCAGCGGCGGAGGGGCUCCUUGGGAGGCUGAGAAUGGCGCCGGCGCGCGCUUCGAGGUGCUAUAACUCCGCGGCGGCGGCGGUGGAGGCGGAGGCGGCGGCGGAGGGCCGCGGCUUGGGGGGGCUGAGGCGGAUUCCGGCGAGCGGCGCCGCCGUGGGCGGCGGCGGGGGGAGGUGGGAGAUGUUGGCGGCGAAGGAGUACGAGGAGUAUCGGAGGUCCAUAUACGGGGAGAUCACGCACAAGGCGCUCCUCGUCGACGCCGUCGGCACGCUCCUCGAGCCGGCGCAGCCCAUGGCUCAGAUUUAUAGGAAGAUUGGAGAGAAGUAUGGCGUGGAGUACUCAGAAGAUGAGAUAUUGCAGCGGUACAGAUGGGCUUAUGAGCAACCGUGGGGCAAAUCGCGGCUAAGGUAUGUUGAUGAUGGAAGACCCUUUUGGCAGUAUAUUGUUAGUUCCUCAACAGGUUGCUCGGAUUCACAAUAUUUUGAAGAGCUGUAUCAUUACUAUGCUACCGACAAGGCAUGGCUCCUCUGCGAUCCUGACGCUGAAAAAGUUUUUGAGGCUUUGAGAAAGGCUGGCGUUAAAACAGCAGUUGUCUCAAAUUUUGAUACCCGACUGCGGCCUGUUUUGCAGGCCCUCAAGUGUGAUCGCUGGUUUGACGCAGUCGCAGUGUCAGCUGAGGUGGCAGCAGAAAAACCAAACCCAACAAUAUUUCUAAAGGCCUGCGAGUUUUUAGGAGUCGAGCCUGAGGAAGCCGUCCAUGUAGGCGACGAUCGGAGGAACGACAUAUGGGGAGCGAGGGAUGCAGGCUGCGACGCGUGGCUUUGGGGCAGUGAUGUAUACUCCUUCAAAGAGGUUGCUGAAGGGAUUGGAGUCAAGGUUUGAAGGUUAAGAGUCGUUCUCGAUCCACCAAACAAUAAUCCUAACCUUUCGAUGUUGUUUGUAUAGGGCUUAUCCAUCUUCUUUUCUGCAGGUAUGUUAUGUUGAGUUCUUCUCAGUAGGUGUACAAAUUUGGAGAAAUAAUAGUGAGGAGGAAGAAGAGGGUGUGUGUUGUAUCACAAACUUUUUAAAUUUUUUGUGCUUCUAAGAUAAGAUUGCGAGCUUCUGCUGUGCUUGGUGAUCAAUUCCUUUGUAGCAAAAGGAUAACAGUCUGGGAUCCUCCAUCUGAAGCUACAAUGUAGUUGUAAAUGCUGGCUGACAAGAAAAAGAAAAAAAAAAUUGUUUGGUUUUGUGCA